CUCCUCCCGCCCCUCGGGUGCCGGCGGAGGGGCCGCGGGGCGGGCGCCCGGAGCGGCCCGGCCCCGGCGGCGGCGGAGGGCGGGAGGAGGCGGGCGCGGGCUGCACCUGCCAGGGCGGCGCGGCUGGGCUCGGCGGAGCCAUGCCGGCAGCCACGGCGCCGGGGUUGGAGGUGCCGCGGACCGCCGCGCCCGGGCGGGACAGCGGCAGCCCCCGCGGAUACACAGGGCAGUGCAGCCGUGUCUUCCCUCCCCAGCUUGGCACACUGCAGAUCAUUCAUGGCAACGGCACGGCCAUGGGGACGGUGAUAACGUUCCAGUGCUCUGCUGAACACCAGCUGGAGGGUCCAGGCAUCAUCACCUGCAUUUGGAAAGGGAACAGAACGCAGUGGACAGAUGGAGCGCCCUCCUGCAACCCUGUUUCAAAAUAUGAGACUUUUGGAUUUAAGGUCGCAGUGAUUGCCUCCAUUGUGAGCUGUGCCGUCAUUCUGCUGAUGUCCAUGGCUUUUUUAACUUGUUGUCUUAUCAAGUGUGUGAAGAAAAGUGAAAGGAGGAGGGCUCAAAGAGAUAGGCAGCUGUGGUACCAGCUCAGAACUGAAGAACUAGAGCACAUGCAAGCUGCUUACUUUGGUUUUAAGGGAAGAAACAAAAACAACAACAAUAAGAAACUCAGGAAUAAAUCUGUAUUUGAUGAUGUGACCAACAUGGCAUAUGAUAACCAAGGCUUCUACAGGUUCCAGGAGGAUUGGACUUGGGACAUCGUAGCUCCUGGGUGUUGCAAAGACGACAAUCAUCUGCCUAAGUUAACCAAGAGCAGUAGCGCACCUGUGAAACAAGCUGUACCAGGACAGAACACUGUGGUACAGACAGUGGAUUCAAUACAUGUUGUUGAAAUCUAUGGACAAAAGGAUAGUUACAACAAAGCAAGCUGUCAGAUACCUGGAUAGCUGAUGUCUGAAAUACAGUUACUCCUCUGGACCAAAAUUAAAUUUGGAUAGAAAUAUGUGCCUUAAAGACAAUAUAGAAAGUUAAUUAUUCAUAUGAAUUUGAAAGUUUUCUAUAUUCCAAGACGGUUAUUUAACAGAAAUGCUUCAAGGUCUGAUACAAAUAAAAAAAAAGAAUGUUGAAGCUGGCAGGCCAUAGGCAUUCUCUACGGUGUGCUGUGUAUUGUGACCAUGGCAAAAGCAUAAUAUCAUUCUUCUGUACAUCCAGAAAGAAGUGGUAGCCAGUUUGUAUAUUUGCCUCACACAAAAUCACUGAUGAUAAUUACACAUUUGUAAGACUACAACCUUAUUUUAACCAGUGUUUUUGGUAAGCAUUUCAGAAUGAAAAUCCCCCAUAUUUUUACACAGUAGUAUGAUAGAACUACAAUAAAAUUUUGUUUUUCAUUAAAAGCCCCUGUUGUUUUAUAUCAGGAAGACCUUUUUGUUUAAUUCAUCUGCUCUGCAUUUAGAGACCAUGUGAGACUGGGAGCAGUAGAGGCACGCCUCCAGAUCCACCAGCCUGUCAGAGAGGCAAGAGCGUAGAGAGGGAUGUGCUGCCUUACUAUGGCACACUUUGCCCUGCAAGGGAGCAUACCAUGACCACCUAUAAUAGGCUGGUGUACAUGGUACAGUGUGAGAGAGCAGGCAGUGUGCAGGCCUGUGGGUGGGGAAGGCGGUGCAGCCUUCCUGGAGCAGUGUGGCUCAGUCACUGCAGCAUCCCUGCGGUCGCACUCUAAAUAAAGGGGCGAUGUAGUUUUUCAAAACCUUCCUUCUUUUCCUACCAAUAGUCUGUUCACUGUGUGAGGAAACAAGGGUUGUUUUUUCUUUUUUUGUCGAUUAGGAAUAGUUAAGUAAUGGAUACGGCUCUUAUUCUGCUGUUUAUGUAGACACACAUGCAUAUCUUAUAGUUACAGUAUAGUUUUGUUCUAGUUGAAGCCUUAUUUAUUCUCCUGUCAUCAGCUAUCUAAUGGGUAUUGUCACAUUCCUGUCAUGAUGGAAAUAUGAACUUAUAUCAAGCCCCAGUAAUUGUUUUAUUGUAUGUCCCGCUUGUUAUGAAUCAGGUAUCCUCUUAAGAAGACCUUCAGUUCUGAAGUUUCAAUUUGGAGAUCCAAAUUACUGCAGCUUGCUGGCAGGCCUAGAAAUGCUCUGUUCCAUCCUGGUCAUACUUAGCAGAGAUCAAAAAUACGUGCUUGAACUUCAGCUAUGUCAAAGUUGCAGCAAAGGAGCUUUGUUUUUUUUCCUAAUAAGCUCAGUUCUUCUAUACAGUACAACAGUCUGCACCCCUAUAAUGCACUUCUUAAUAUGUGCUGUGAAAAAGAUAAUAUAUAUGCUUCUCAACACUGGUUCCAAUUAAGGUCUCAAUUCAUUAAAUUAAUACUAGCCAAUGUUUAUCAGGACAUAUUUGUGCUGUGAAC